UUGCUAAGUAUUUCACCUCAUCCUCAGAGCGAGUUAGAAGAAGCACGUAAGCAGAUUGAGUCCCUUUCCUUGUCUCUGAAACAAAAUCAGGCAGCUCUUGAAAAUUCCAACGCCCGUAUUUCGGCGCUUGUGCAGCGUAAUGAAGAGCUAGCCCGUACAGCUUUUGGUCAUCAUCAUCCUUCUGCCACAACAUCUUCUCUUCCUAAUGUAAACUGUUUGUUUUUCGCUUCCAUCAUUAUGUCCUGUUGCAUUCUUUACACUACUUCUCAGCCGGUAUGGCUAUGCCCACACGACCAAUCCGACCCCCUUAGCCGCAUACCGUUGUCCUACAAUUGCUCGUACCUGGUUCCCAACAUAACUAGCGCCCCUGUUACCACUACUCUGCAGGUUUAUCGACCCAACUCCAAGCGCUACGAUACUCCAGCGGUUUUGUGUCGAAUAGUUGAACAGUCCGUAGUUUACUCUGUCAAUUUUUUUGGAGCGCGUCGUCAAACACACAUAGAGACGUAUAAGACCGUCUCCGUAGAGCAUUGUAGACAAAUGAAACAACAUCAUAAGUGUGAAUUCGGCGCGAUGUUACCGUCCGGGGACUCAUUCAAAACUGACAACAAGCUUAUUUUCGAAUUUCCUUCCGCACCUUUCGGCUGUUGUACAGAACAUCGUACAAAGGUAAUCAAUUGCUACCUAACCCCAACAACCAUUCACGCGCGCCACGGCUCCAAGUUUCCCGAUACAGCGGUAGGAGACGUUCGACAUUGCUCUUAUAAAGAUGGAUCUUGUACACUCAAGGACGGAUCAGUCCUACUGUGGACUCCAACCCAGGAAGAGCUUUGCGCCUAUGUUCCUAUUUCUAAAAUGCGCGGUCAUCUUCUAGGUAGUGUCUGGAUAAGUGACUCGAAGGAGUUUGCUUUAUCAUGGCGCGAUGAGAGCCCAACCUUAGUAGACUGCCAAAACUCUCUGAUUAUCACCGACCAGGGUUAUGCAAUUACAAAGGUCAAACGGCUGAGGCGUAACACACAGCCGCAAGUCGGGAUCGUAACAUCAAAUCAACUGGCAGCGCAACUGUUAGCGGUAGAGGAUACAGUUCAGACUUCUGUCACUACACUGUUUUACCACGCUUUGGCUUCGCUGUGUGAUCGUACUAACUCUCUUGCCUUUUCGCUCCAUUCAUCCCUUAAGUCGGACCCAACUUAUACUGUGCGCAAGUUGCUCAAUCGACCCGAUGUGGCAGCUUCUUACUUGGGUAACGGUUUGGUACAAAUUCAUAACUGUAUACGAAUUCCCAACCCAAAUUAUCGUAUCUUACCGUUCAACUCCACUUGCUACAAUAAACCUCAGACCCAACUAACUUUACCUAGCGGAUCUUCCUGGUUCACAUACAUCGACCCUCACAACUGGGUACUCACUUCUGACGCGAAAUCAGUGCCUUGUGAUACUCUCCGCCCAUUCUAUUUUCCUCUUCCUGAUGGAGUUCUCCAGUAUGAUGCGAUAUCAAAUACCUUCUCUAAGAUCUCUAACUUGUCUAUUCGCAACAUCUCCUUCACAUCUACUCCGCAAGACAUUGAUUUCUUUCCUUCACUUACAAUCUUUCACAAUUUGGUGCUUACUAACAUUAGUGAACUCGUACAAGAACAUCAAUUACAAGAACUUUGGACAAUUCACAACUUUCACAAAAUCCUUGGGGCAAGUGGUAAUGGUUACUCUCCUCAUACUCCAUCGGACUCCUCCUACGCCAACAACGCUUCUUUUCUCAGCACCCUGAUUGGUCACGUUGACAAUCCUCAAAAACCUACUCCUUCUGUACUUCAAUCUGUCAUCCGGAGGCAUGUUGCCACGCAUGCUUGCUACUAA